AACACGUUCAUGUGUUUUUCCGACACGCUGUGAGCGUGAGCACCUGCGCGCGGACAGCGCAGCGCGCGUGCAUGAGCGUUCCGAGGCUGGAAGCAGAUAUGGGUGCGCGUGCACAUGCGCGGGCCAGAGGAGGCCAGUAGCAAGGGCGGGUGUGCGCGCGUGUACGUGCUCGCGCAGAGGCCGGAAGUAGUGCUGCGUGCUCUGCGUGCGCAUGCGCGCGCAGAGGCCGAAAGCGGGGCUGGCGUUCCGGGUCAGUCGCGAGCCAUGGAGCGUUUCGCGGACGGCUGCGAGGGGCCGGCCGAGGAGGCCGAGCCCCAGGUGGCGGCCUGGAGCGGGGACAGCGGUAACGUGUCCCAGAGCCACAGCAGCGCGUCGGUGCCGUGGGAGGAUGAGGGCCCGGAGUCGGGCGCGCCCAGCCGGGACCUGCCGCUGCUGCGCCGCGCCGCCGCGGGCUACGCCGCCUGCCUGCUGCCUGGCGCGGGGGCGCGGCCCGAGGUCGAGGAGCUGGACGCGAGCCUGGAGGACCUGCUCACCAGGGUGGACGAGUUUGUGGGCAUGCUGGACAUGCUGCGCGGCGACUCCUCCCACGUGGUCAGCGAGGGCGUGCCUUGCAUUUACGCCAAGGCCACCGAGAUGCGGAGAGUGUACAGCAAGAUCGACCGGCUGGAGGCCUUCGUCGGGAUGAUCGGCGCCAGUGUAGCCAGGCUGGAGGAGCAGGUCUCCAGGGCGGAGGACGAGCUGGGGACGUUCCCCAGUACGUUCAGGAAACUCCUGCGCACAAUUAACGUGCCCUCCUUCUUCAACAAGGCGCCCUCCAGCAGGUCCCAGGGGACCAGCUACGAACCCCCCGCCGUGUUUCGAACCGAAGACCACUUUCCUUGUUGCAGCGAAAGACCUCAGGUCUGAGUCCGCGGGACAGCGCUGCGAGAGGACGGGUCUGAAAUUCUCUCGAGUAGUAAUCAAAUCAGUUGAAAAUCCUGUUGCUAGACAUACAUGAUGUUGGAGUAUGGAAUUGUAAAUUUGCACACUUGAUUUCUCAGUAUCUUCAUCAUUUCACGACGGAUGUGUGAUUUUCUACGUCUUCCAGUUCAAACUUGAAACUUCAAAGCUGCUUGUUUGGGGAGCAUCGGGAAAGCAAAAUGAAUGAACUUACCUGGGCAGUGUGGCAGAACUGUUAUUUCUAUGGAUUUUACAGCUCAACUAACAGUAUUACCUUUUCAAGAUUUGUAUAUUUGUAUAUAUUUGUAUAUUUCCCUUAGGAAAACUGAGCCUUUAAAGCCUUGUUAAUUCGAUCCUAAUAGUGAUUCAGUUUUCAAUAGCUUACGUAUAGGAUAGAUGGUAAAUUAUUUAAAAUUAUAUUAAACUUUCCAUAUAAUGGAUUGCAAACCGAAGGAAAUCAUAGAAUUUCUGAGAAAACGUAUUGAUCUAUUGCAACUCAUUCUGAAGUUUUUUGGAAAGUAUGACCUCACAGUCUUAGUUUGUCCAUAGCAAACGUGUCUAUAUAUGAUUCCCAACGUUUGGUUUAUAAUUAAAUAUUAAUAAAAAAUUAAAUUUUAUUGGAAGGGGUUUCCAUCUGAAAAGGAUUGUACGUAUUUUCCUUUUUGCUUGUUUGAAAAUAGACACGUUGAGUAUCUGAUUUUAGGAGUGGGAUAAAGAAAGUUCACAGUAUUAAAUAUUUAUUUCUCCUCAAAGUGAAUAAAUUAUUUGUGUGGUAAUAUGACUGGUAUUAGGAUUGUGUUCUUUCACCCUGGGGACGUGGAAUCUUAAAGAUCCCUUGCAGGUACAACAGGCUUUGAUCUUGAUUUUAAUCUGUUUUAUAAGGUGGUCCUCCUAGGUAGUAGAACUGAAGCA